AUGGAUCUUUCGCCAGAGAACGAGGAGUAUAUAAGGCUGUAUAAAGGGAGCUUGAUUCCUCUCAAGAUCGUUUUGGUGUCCUUGGUUUGGGUUCUCCAUGAUUACUUUGUAACUUUGGAAGAUGAGAUACGCUAUAUCUGGAGCCAGAAACCAAGUUUUGGGCGUUUCAUGUUCUUCUGGAUACGAUACUACACCAUUGCUCUCCUCAUAUUCGACGUACUUCAAAUCCACGGCUUUGCUAUUCCAGGUGUGGCUACGAAAGAUGUAUGCGUCAAAGUCGACCCCGCAGUUCGCCUGGUGGGGGCUAUCAGCCUCUGGUCUGUUGAGAUCAUCAUGCAACUCCGGGUAUAUGCGCUCUUUGGUCGGUCUAGGAAGAUUGCUCUAUUCAACGCCAUUCUCUUUAUCGUUUCCAUAGCCUUUUUUAUCUGGAUCAUGGUUCUCAAUGCGAGGAAUCGCGAGAAUUUGAUUGCGAAAGCCGUACGUUUCCCACUCCCAGGGUGUCCGACAAUAAAUGGCGGGUCGCAAUGGGCACAGUGGAUUCCUCCCACUAUUUACGAGCUGGUCCUAUUCUUAUUCGUCUUGUACAAGGCCAUCACGUCACCCUCUGCUUGCAUCAAAUUGAAUGAGCGUAUCUCACUCACCACGGUGUUGUUGAGUGAGAAUACCGUUUACUUCUUCUGCAUCGCAGUUCUGCUGAUUUUCAACAAUUUAAUGGUCGUCCCUGGAGCAACGAAAAUCCCCUGGUUCGGGCUUGCACCCUUCCAUGCAGCUGUUGGAAUCCUGACCUCGCGGAUGCUCAUUCAUCUUCGCAAGUUCACGAUCCACAACCUGGACGGCGACAAAACUCCGGGACGAACGGUAACAACACAAGGUGGCCUAGCAUUCGACAGCUUCAACAUCUCUGACCUGACCGAGGUUACGCUCAUGACUGCCACGCACGAGUCGCGCUACGACGAGGAGAGCAUGAUUGGCAGCUCAGAGUCAGACGACUCGCACAACUCGAACUCGACUUCCGUUUCCCGUUCGACUUCAGUAUCUUCAAGAACAGCGUCAACUUUAUCGACCGUUGCGCCAUCGGUACAGAUUAGAUUCGGCGAGCCAGGGCCCUCUCGCCUUCACAUUAACACAUAG